AUGACUGCUACUGUUAACGACAACACCAACGGCAACGCCGCUGGUGCCACUGGCCUCGAGAACAAGUUCGCUGGUGUCUCUCUCAACACCAACAACGCCACCAAGUCCGCCUACGUUCCCCCUUACCUUCGUGCCCGUCAGGCUCAGCAGGCUAAGGCUCCCUUCAACGGCGCGGCCCCUACCCCCGCUCACGCCUCCGGCAACGGCUACCGCCCCUCGCCCACCGGCCUUCCUACCCCCGCGCCCACCCCCGUCCAGAACUCGGGUGCGUACCACCCUCCCCGCGGCGGUAACGACGGCGGCUGGGGACCCCGUGGUGGUGGCCGCGGCGGCGACCGCUUUGAGCGCGGCACUGCCCCUGGUGCUGGCGCCUGGCGCGACGGCAAGCACAUCACUGGCGCUCGCAACCAGCGCCUCGAGAAGGAGCUCUACGGUGAGGAGGGCGAUGGAACCCACCAGUCGACUGGUAUCAACUUCGACAAGUAUGCCGACAUCCCUGUCGAGGCCACUGGUUCGGGUGUUCCCGAGCCCGUUCUCCUCGAGAACAUCCAGUACGCCCGCUACACCACCCCUACCCCCGUCCAGAAGUACUCGAUCCCCAUUGUCGCCCUCGGCCGUGACCUCAUGGCUUGUGCCCAGACUGGUUCGGGUAAGACUGGAGGCUUCCUCUUCCCCAUCCUCUCUGCCAUGUACACCUACGGCCCCUCGGCUCCUCCCCCCGACAACAACUCGUACGGUUACUCGCGUCGCAAGGCCUACCCCACUGCCCUCGUUCUUGCCCCCACCCGUGAGCUCGUCUCGCAGAUUCACGAGGAGGCCCGCAAGUUCGCCUACCGCUCGUGGGUCCGCCCCGCCGUCGUCUACGGUGGUGCCGACAUUGGUCAGCAGAUCCGCCAGCUCGACCGUGGCUGUGACCUCCUUUCCGCCACCCCUGGUCGUCUCGUCGACCUGAUUGAGCGUGGCCGCAUCUCGCUCGCCAACGUCAAGUACCUCGUUCUUGAUGAGGCCGACCGCAUGCUUGACAUGGGUUUCGAGCCCCAGAUCCGCCGCAUUGUUGAGGGUGAGGACAUGCCCGACGUCCAGAACCGUCAAACCCUCAUGUUCUCCGCCACCUUCCCCAAGGAGAUCCAGAUGCUCGCCCGCUCGUUCCUGAAGGACUACAUCUUCCUUUCGGUUGGUCGUGUCGGUUCGACCUCUGAGAACAUCACCCAGCGCAUCGAGUACGUCGACGAGCACGACAAGCGCUCGCUUCUUCUGGACCUGCUCCUCGCCGAGCAGUCGGGUGGUCUCAUCCUCGUCUUCGUCGAGACCAAGCGUAUGGCCGACUCUCUCUGCGACUUCCUCUGCUCGCAGCAGCACAACGCCACCUCGAUUCACGGUGACCGCACCCAGCGCGAGCGUGAGGCCGCUCUGUACGCCUUCCGUACCGGCCGUGCCCCCAUUCUGGUCGCUACUGCCGUCGCUGCCCGUGGUCUCGACAUUCCCAACGUUACCCACGUCAUCCUCUACGACCUCCCCACCGACGUUGCUGAGUACACUCACCGCAUUGGUCGUACUGGUCGUGCCGGUAACACGGGUACCUCGACUGCCUUCUUCAACCGUUCCAACCUCGCCAUCGGCCGCGACCUCAUCGACCUGCUCAAGGAGGCCAACCAGGAGAACAUCUGGGUUCUCUCUCUGCUCUCCGAGGUUGGCACUGACGCCGCAGUGACACGAGUGUAA